AUGUCACGACAUCCUACAGCUCUGGUAGUCUCUCAAAUGGUACGAGGCUACCGACAGCCAACACUAUCAUGUCAAGCGAGUUUUUUUGAUGAUGGAAUACAAGGGAUCCCCAAGGGCGAGUUGGAAAACACAUUCGUCGAUCCCUCGCAAGAGCUGCUCCGUUCUCUGCUGCGGGGAUAUCGCCCUAGUUUCCGGCGUCAUAGUCUGGGAUGGGAGGCUGAUGUUCUUCUUAAAUUAGACCCAAGGCAGCAAAUGUGCUAUUAUGAUGGGAAGCUGUUCGGUGGAUACCUUACCCUGCUCAUGGAUCGUAUCCUCGCAGACUGCUGUCGGCCGGCAGUGACAGCCUACCUCAACACAACCUUUGCACACUCUAUUCCACCGGAUGCUCCAAUCCACCUACGCGCGUGGCCCGAAAAAGUCGAAGGGCGUAAGAUUUAUCUCGCGGGUUCCGUUCAGAUCCCCGGCAGCCGGGCGGGUGAAUUAAUUGAAGCGAUUCGGGCGAAUGCUUUAUUCAUACGACCCCGAAGUUAA